GAGAUGCUCUGUCCGGUACCACUUGCGACCGUAUACUGCUGUUGCGUCUGUAUGUCGUUGCUGUAGGGCGGACACUUUGGGAGUAGCGCCCCCUCUGGGAGCUACACACUGCUGUACAUCCUACAUAAUUCUACCCGCCGGCGUGCUGCCGAGGUCGGAUAGUAACACACAACAUCUUCCAGGGAGGAAGAUGAGCUCGGGCGAGAGCUUGAGGUCUAGUGGGCGAUCUUCCCAGAGGUUCAGCGAGGUCCUUUCCCAUGGGCCCACGGCUAUCCCGGCCCGGGAAGACGUCGACGCGGCCAUAUCAAGCGCGCUAGCGGUAGACGACCUGGGGUUCGGAUGCCAAGCGCACAGCAAUGGCGAACAGCCCUCGGACUCGCGGAGCCAGCCCCGCAACAUCGAGGGCGCGGAUAGCAGACCACCCUACACCGGGCCUAUGGCAGGCCCCGCACGGGUUCCAAACGCCGCUACAGCCACCACUACGAUUCCCGUCCAACACAGCGCAGGCGUUGGCGUUGGCGUUGGUGUUGGCGUUCACGGCGGUGGCGGCGGCUUGCUCCCCCGUGCGAACGGUGUCGGCGCCGGCGUUGCCGGCAAUAGCAGCAACGGCGGUGCCGGCGGUUUCGGGCUACUGGACUGGGCGCUGUGGCCCCUCUGGGGCACGAUCGACGCGCUCAAGUGGGCGGGGGGCACGGUGAACGAGGUCGCGGUCGCCCCCGUCAUCCGCAUGGCCAGCCCGUGGGGGCUCGUGGGCUCGGUCCUGACGACGGUCAAGGCCUUCACCCCGCAGCGGGCGCGGGACCUUGCCCGCGUGGUCGGGAACUUCGGGCUCAACGCCGCGGGCCUCGUGCAGACCCCGGCUGGGGUCGAGCUGUUGCGGUCAAGCGGCCGGGCGACGGGGUCGUUGUCGACGGCGGUUUCGUCUCCUGCGGGGAGGCAGUUCUUGCUGGAGUCAGCGACCGGGCUGGUGAAGCUCGCCGAGGCUCUCGAUACCCCCGAGGCGAAGAAUUUUAUCCAGCAGGGGGCCGUUGUCGCGGCCAGGGGGAUGGACGCGCUAGCGAGCCGCCACACCAAGAUCUUUGUCAAGGACCUCGCUGAUGUCAUCGUUCGCCUGGUGGAACUCGCCAACUCUCGCGAGGCCACCAUCCUGGCCGCCGAGUUCACCGUCAACGUCGAGCAUGCUCUCGAGAUGGAGCACAUGGCCGGCAUCGCCAGGAGAGCGGCGGCCAACGCCGCCGCCGGGGCCACAGCUGAUGCCAACUUCGGGUUAGCGGCGGGGGACGCGCACGCACCCCCUGCAGGCGGUGACAGGACGGAGCCUAACCUUGGACCUGCCGAGGAUGUGGUCGGCCCCACCGUGGAAGAACCGGAGGUCAACGGGGGCCCCGUGUGUGCCGCGGGCGGCGAACAGACGUUGGAUGACCUUGUGCGCGAGGCCCGCGCAGAGCGAGCUCACCGAGAAAGCGGUCGCGCGGGAGGACCGAGGAGCGCGGGCCACGAAAGAGGCGGCAGCGACGGAAGCGUUCUCGCCGGCGGUGGGCCCGAAGGCUGCUGCCCUAGCCGAAGCGGGGAAGGGCGGCCGAGCAGCAACGACCCGGCGGAUGCGGACCACCGCACCGUCGUCACGCCUGUCAUCAGGCAGGCGGAUCUCGCGGGGGAUACGCCGCUGAGGACAUUCCUUGGCGCAGCCGGCGGCACCGCGCCCGUGGCGCCCCCUCCCGGUGACACCUCGCGCAGCGCACCGUCGAGCCCUAGGGGCUGGCCUGCCCAUGCUGCUGCGGCGGCAGCGGCGGCGGCGGCAGCGGGUGCCGUCCCCGCCCUGCCUACUCUCGGCGGACAGUGCGCGGGCAAUCGUGAGCGAGCGAGCACCGUCACGGGAGCUGGAGACGACGGGGUGGGGGGUGACACGGCGGAGGAGGCGUGUGAGAUGACGUUCGGCGCGGGAUUUACUGCGGGGUGUCGCAGUGGUGGCGAGAAUGACGGGACGGAGAGCGUCUUGAGCGGCGCUCGCCCCCCCGCCGUCGAGUACCAGCGCGACGGAAACGCCAGGCUGCCGAGGUUUACCUCCGAACACUUCGAAUCCGUCCUGCGGGGGCAGCCCCUGGGCCUGGAGCUGCAACUGGAGGCUCCGAACGAAGACAGCCUGGAUGACACCGUCGCGAGAGCCGCCUCCUCGAGGGUCCCUCUGGAGGGCGCAUCCCCGCCCUCCCCCAGGGUAGACGCAGGUAAAGCUCCCGGCAAUGCUGUGCAAGAAACGGCGGGGCAGGGUGCUCCACCUGGGGAGGGGGAGGGGGAGGGAGUUUCUGUGCCCUCCACCGCUGGGGCACAGGGCUGGAAGCAGGCAGCGUUCGCUUGCCUGCUCCUGUUCUUCGCGGGGGACGGCUUGAGGCACCGGUGGAAAGCCGGGUUCCGCGGCGAGAAAACGGCGCACGAGAACGCUUCAAUGCCCCCGCCACCCCCCACCCCGGGACCACCCAAACCCGGUUCUUUGGCCACCGAUGGGCGAAACAGCGUGUUUGGGGUAACUUUUCUGCCCCCUACGUGUAAAGACCCGGUGUCGGGUGCGACGAUGGCGGUCUGGGUAGCACCCUCUGGCCCAUGUCUGUCGCCGGCUUCUGUGUCCGGUGGCGGGGCGGGGAGCACGGAGGGGUUGCUGGGUGGAGGUGGGGAACCCGCCUGCUCGGCAUCCUUUCGAUUGUGCAGCGCUGCCGAGGUUGGAGCGCGUGGGGGUGUUGAGCAAGACGCGACGGGGCCUCCUGAUAGCUGUGGCUUCGAAGGCACAAGAGUGUAAUUUAAGAGACGGUCUAAAUAGCAAGUUACGCUUUUUGCCCCGGGGGCGUUUCUGCUCGAUUUUGAUGUAGAUGGUGUGCAACCAAUUUGGUGUUGUGUCGCACUGUGUCCUUCGGUUGAAAGUGUAUUUCAUUUACUAGUUUUAACCCCGCAGCAAUUUGAUUGAUUACAGUAUAAAAGUAGGUCCGUGUUCCGAUGAAAAGAGCAAUUUGUGUGCAGACGAGAGGUCUUGCUGGGUGUUCCCUUGUAUUGAGGGGGGCAAGAAGGAGGAGAAAAAGGUUGAAGGACUGAUUCAAGCGUUUCUUUGGUCCUUACAGCUGGACAGACGAAGCCCUCUGAGUCUAGUCGAACAUUGAAUUUGAACUGGUUAGUCAUAUACUUGACAGAAUCUUAAAGAACGUUCCGCGUGGGCAGUCUGCAACGGCCUGCGCCAGCAGCUAUUAGUUUCUUGGACGCAUUGUACAUGGACAUGCAUUAGUCAGCCGUGACCGUAUCAUGCAUAUCAACGAUGAGGCCCUUCGUGCCGCCAACGCCGAGUCCAAGACUCGGGUGAGUGCACACAGCACAUGACAGAAAACAGUGCUAAUAGAAGCUGCAUCUCGUAUGCAUAGGGUUGCUGUCUGAUCGGACCAAUUGACAAGUUUUUAAUGUGGCGUUCAUUCGGGAUGGGGCGUU